AUGAAAAAGUACACCGUAGCCUACGGGUUGAUCCCACCUCAGUGUGCUAAUAUACAUGAGUCCCACAUUCUCCCAAUCACCAAGAUAAUACAGUCUGAAAGUAAUUCCCAACUGCUACUUACGUGCGGAAGAGAUGGUACUGUGAUAAGGCAUACCCAAAAAAAUGGCGAAUGGCACAGGCUUAGGAUGCAAACUAAUAGUGACUGGGUAAGUGACAUGGCAGAGCUAGACAAGGGCAGGUUCAUCGUAGUGAGCCACGACUUUUCCCUGUGUCUUUUGACGGUAACUCAGGAUGGCCAAGAGUGGAACAGUAAAAUAGUGGGCUACCACGACGACUAUGUGAAAUGCGUAGCAGUGCUGGAAAAAGAUGAAGCUGGGGACUGGACGUUUGCCACUUGUGGGCUUGACAUGAAGGUAAAGAUCUGGACUUUAGGCGCGGACGGAAGCUCCGCUUUGUUGCACACUAUCGACAAUGCUCAGCCUGGAGAAACCGGGUCUCUUUAUGCGUUGACAUCGGUGUGUAAUGAUGCAAGAUUUGACUUAGUAGCUGGGGAUAAUAACGGGAAUCUCGUUUUGAUGUCAAGCAAGACAGGCGAAAGACUGGGUGAGGUUGAAUCCGCUCAUAAGACUAACAUCAAACUCUUACGCUCACUGAACAAUGGAACCAGAAUUUUGAGUACUAGUUCAGACGGCAUGGUGAACCUGUGGGACGUUGAAAAGCUGGGCAUUGACGGCGGCUCGAAGGCUUUAAUAUACUCAUGGAAAUGGGCUGCCCCCGUGUGGUGUAUUCAGGGUACAACUCUGGAGCGCUUGUUGUUGGGCGAUUCGCGCGGCGUCAUAACUCAGGUCAGUAUGACAGAAGGGGAAUGGGAAAGCAUGAAAUUGAGCACAGUCGUAUCGUCCGAUGAGGAUACAAAGGGGAUUUUGGCGAUGCUAGAGAUGGAUAAUGGAUCCAUCUGGUUUUCUUUUUCCGGGGACUCUAAUUUACACACUCUAGAUUUAAAGACAGGGGAAAGUACUGUGCUCGAGGGUGGGGAUGCUUUGCUAAAGAGCUCUUUGCUUACAAACAGACGCCACGUCAUAACACAAAACACCAGGGGAAUCGUUCAAAGGUGGGACAUUGUAUCUUGCGAAUUGCUGGACACGUUCGACGCUACGAUGGGAACGUUUGAUGACCUUGUGCAUAAACUCAGUACGAAGGAAAUUUUGUCUCAUUGGUGCUCAGUAUCUAUCAAAACGGGAAAAUUGUUCGUUAAACUGUCCCCAAAAUUCAUGAGCACCGAAGUAUAUGGCAGCGCGUUGGAGCAUUAUAAAAUUGUCAAUGAUAUUGACGUCGAGAUAGAUGAGCGCUACAAUCUGGGUAGAAUCGCAGUAAAUUCGAUUCUGAAUGAGUUUAUCUCUUGGGUGAUUUUGAAGGAUGAAACGUUUCGAAAAGAGCUUGUUGCCAAGAAAAGCUCCGUUCCUGGAUCUCCUUCUCAAGCUUUAGCGGAUUCCUCUGUGAGUGAGGUCAGUAGACCGGGACUUAAAGAAAAUAGAAGACUUUCCUUGUUCACAAAGCUCUCCAAAACCAAUAGACAGUCACCAACUCCGACAUCUCUUCCAAGCACUCCGUUGGCGGUUGAAAACUCGUCGACACUGGUAGAAGAUUCAUUUGUUCUACCACCACCAGCAACCUCCCAUUUAGAUAAUCAGUCCACUUUAGGAGGAAAAGCAGACUCUAUUCCAACUCCAGUGCUAGCAAAAAGAUCAGCGAGUUCAGGAUCUCUCCUCGCUCAAAAAUUGAAGCUCAUAUCUGCUAUUGACAGCAACUCAGGAUCAAAUUUUAGUGUUGAUAAUGAUAGUAGCGCUGGCGGUGAAAAACCGCCCAUGAGAACAUCCAGUCAACCAACAACUGCUGAUGAGGAGCCCCUCAAGUCGAAUCUUUUCAUCAACCAUCAAAAAGGAGAACGCCAGGAAGAAAGCACAAUGACAGAGAAACACGAAGAAUCGAGACAGGAAUACCUCUCGGAUUUUAUAGUAGAAUUGCGGGAAAAUUAUACCAAAGAAACCGACGCAAACGCCUCUUCCUUCAAGAUCUUAGGCAAGAAAGCACCUAGUUCCAAAAUAACACGAGAGGACCAAUCUCCGAUAAUCGAAAUUAAAGCAGGAGUUCUCCUCCUGGUCAACUGCUGGAAUGAGGGCUCCAGUGGCGACACCGUAUGUUUUUCGACUUAUUUGCCAACCUCACGAUAUGACAAUGCUGAGGAUUUGAAAACCUGUAAUAAUCAACAUGUUUUUGAGGCUCUGGAGCGUAACCUUCCAUAUUGGAUAGCGAAGGCUCUUUUCAAGGAUGAGAAGACCACAAAGGAUUACCCCAAAUUGACUUUUGUUCUCAAGCCCUGGGAAAAUCCUGACUCGCAACAAAGCUCGGAAACUUCCAUAAGCUCAGAGCCAUCACACUCCGGCCAUCACCAUCAUCUGCCGUUUCAUCGCAGCAAGCAUCGCGAGCGUGAUGGCGACCGCAAGUCAAAAACCCUGCCGAAAGUGGCAGAGGCCUACACCAAACUACAUGCACCUAAUUUUAUCAAGGUAAAGAAAAUACUGAACUACGUGGUGGAUCGAUUUGACUCCAAAACGCCUGAAAUGCGGUGCCACACGCCUGUUAGCGAGUGGCUGGAAAUACUAUGCAAGAAUCAACUACUUGACAACGAGAUGGCACUUGGCAGCGUGAAAACUUUAUACUGGAAGUCCCAGGGUGACAUAGUAUUAGAGUAUCGGAGAAAAUCGGCGUCGCUGCCAGUGAACGAGAAACCGGAGUGA